AUGGACACAACACCUAAUAGUACCGAACGCCGAAGACGUAUCGUACAAAAUCAUUUAUUCAUUUGGUUAGAUGAGUCUAUGGACGAAACAAACAAAGACUACAAACAUCUUUUGGCACGAAUACAAACCGGUGUCAACAAUGUCAACGUCUUUACACAGAGAGAUGAAUGCGUCGACUUUCUUUCCGAUACUGAAGACGUCAAGUCUUUUCUCGUUAUCGAGAACACGAUCGAUGAACAAAUUCUACCCCUCAUCAAUGAUAUUCCUCAGUUGGAUGGUAUUUAUAUCUUCAGUGAUAUUGAAAUCCUACAAGAAGAAUGGACAACGAACUGGCAAAAAAUCAGGAGCGUUCAUAGCAACAUCGAUGACUUAUGCAAAGCAUUACAAUCGGGUAUCAAGACAUGCAAUCAAGAUUCGAUUGCCAUGAGUUUUUUACCAGUAAAUGAAAUGGAUUCAACUAAUGAUUUAAAUCAAUUGGAACCAACUUUUAUGUACACCCAAAUAUUCAAGGAUAUUCUUCUUGAUAUGGAACAUGGUGAACAGGCUAUCAAGCAGUUUACAGCUUAUUGCAGACAUAAUGACAGUGGGUCGGCAAAGAUUAUUGGUGAGUUUGAAAAAAAUUAUAAUGCUCAGUCAGCUAUUUGGUGGUACAGUUACCCAUCAUUCUUAUACUCUAUGCUGAAUUAUGCUCUUCGCUCUAUGGAAGGCGAUACCAUUAUUAAUAUGGGAUUUUUUAUUCACGAUCUUCAUCAACAAAUACAACAUCUACAUCAACAGCAAGUUAAUAGCUAUCAUGACAAACCAUUAAUAGUUUACCGGGGACAAGGUCUAUCCAAAGCAAAUUUCGAGAAACUAAAAAAUACAGAAGGUGGUUUAAUGUCUUUCAAUAACUUUUUAUCCACUAGUACCGAACAAGAGAUAGCUUCUGGAUUUGCUUAUAGUGCGUCAGAAAACGCGGACAUGGUUGGCAUUUUAUUUAUAAUGUCCAUUGAUCCUUGUAUAAAAUCAGCACCAUUUGCCUCCAUCAAAAAGAAGAGUUACUUUAAGGACGAAAAUGAAAUUCUCUUCUCAAUGCACACCGUCUUUCGAGUAGGUCCAAUUAAAGCAAUGGACAUUAACAAUCAACUUUGUCAAGUUGAACUACAAUUAACAUCGGACGAUGAUCAACAACUACGAUUGCUUACUGAUCGGAUACGAGAAGAAGUUAGUGGUACUGGAUGGCAGAGAUUGGGGGACUUAUUGCUUAAAAUUGGCCAAUUUAAUAAAGCUGAAGAAUUUUAUCAUGUACUAAUCGAACAGACAUCUCAUGAGGAUGAAAAGCAAUAUUAUUAUAAUCGGCUCGGAUAUGUCAAAGAUGAACAGGGUGAUUAUGAAAAUGCUAUUUGGUAUCACGAACAAGGACUUGCAAUUUUUCAAAAAACCCUUCCUUCGAAUCAUCCUUCGUUGGCUACUUCAUACAGCAACAUCGGUAGUGUCUAUGACAAAAUGAGAGAGUACUCGAAAGCACUUUCAUAUUACGAAAAAGCACUUGAAAUUUGGCAAGAACUUCUUCCUUUAAAUCAUUCCGAUGUGGCUACUUCAUACAACAACAUUGGUAAUGUAUACAACCACAUGAGAGAGCUCUCAUCAGCAAUUUUGUUUUACGAAAAAGCACAUGAAAUUUUUCAAAAAAUUCUUCCUUCAAAUCAUCCUUCGUUGGCUGCUUCAUACAACAACACUGGUACUGCGUAUAACACGAUGGGAGAGUACUUGAAAGCACUUUCAUUUUACGAAAAAUCGCUUGAAAUUUAUCAAAAAACUCUUCCCUCAAAUCAUCCUUAUUUGGCUACUUUAUACGAUAACAUCGGUAAUGUGUAUGAGAACAUGGGAGAGUACUCGCAAGCACUUUCAUUUUUCGAAAAAUCACUCGAAAUCUAUCAAAAAACCCUUCCUUCAGAUCAUCCUGAUUUGGCUCCUUCAUACCACAACAUCGCUUUCGUGUAUAACAUGAUGGGAGAUUACUCGAAAGCGCUUCUAUUUUACGAAAAAGCAGUUGAAAUUUGUGAAAAAACCCUUCCUGCAAAUCAUCCUAAUUUGGCUACUUCCUAUAACAAUAUCGGUAAUGCGUAUAGCCACAUGGAAGAGUACUCGAAAGCACUUUCAUAUUACGAAAAAGCGCUUGAAAUUCGACAAAAAACCCUUCCUUCAGAUCAUCCUGAUUUGGCUACUUCAUACCACAACAUCGCUUUCGUGUAUAACAUGAUGGGAGAUUACUCGAAAGCGCUUCUAUUUUACGAAAAAGCAGUUGAAAUUUGUGAAAAAACUCUUCCUUCAAAUCAUCCUUAUUUGGCUACUUCCUAUAACAACAUCGGUACUGCCUAUGACAAUAUGGGAGAGUACUCGAAAGCGCUUUCAUAUUAUGAGAAAGCGCUUGAAAUUCGACAAAAAGUUCUUCCUUCAGAACAUCCUGAUUUGGCAGCUUCAUACAACAAUAUCGGUAAUGUGUAUAACUACAUGGGAGAGUACUCGAACGCGCUUUCAUUUUACGAAAAAGAUCUUGAAAUUUGUGAAAAAACUCUUCCUUCAAAUCAUCCUAAUUUGGCUACUUCAUACAACCAUAUCGGUAACGUGUACAGCCACAUGGGAGAGUACUCGAAAGCACUUUCAUCUCACGAAAAAGCACUUGGAAUUCGACAAAAAGCUCUUCCUUCGGAUCAUCCUGAUUUGGCAGCUUCAUACAACAACAUCGGUACUGCCUAUGACAAUAUGGGAGAGUACUCGAACGCACUUUCAUCUCACGAAAAAGCACUCAACAUUCGACAAAAAACUCUUCCUUCAGAUCAUCCUUCAUUGGCUACUUCAUACAACAACAUCGGCUGUGUGUAUGAUAGCAUGGGAGAGUACUCGAAAGCGCUUUCAUGUCACGAAAAAGCACUCAACAUUCGACAAAAAGCUCUUUCUUCAGAUCAUCCUGAUCUGGCUACUUCAUACAACAACAUCGGUAAUGUGUAUGACAGUAUGGAAGAGUAUUCGACAGCACUUUCAUAUCACGAAAAAGCACUUGAAAUACAACGGAAAACCCUUCCUUCAAAUCAUUCUGAUCUGGCUACUUCAUAUAACAACAUCGGUUGGAUUUAUAGAAGUAUGAAAGACUAUGCCAAAACACUUUCAUAUUAUGAACGUGCUCUGAACAUAUGGUAA